AUGUACAACGCGCAUCGCGGCAUAGCCGGCGCUCCGGCUCCGCCAAACAACCGUCUUGUCGAGCUGCUCGAGCAGGUCCGCGCCGAGUUCGAGGCGCAGGGUGGACGUGCAAACGAGUAUGAGCAUCAGCUCGCAAACCAAAUCCAGGAGAUGGAGCUCGUCCGCAGCAAGAUCUUCCAGCUCGAACAGACCCAUAUGCAGAUGAAGCAAAAAUACGAGGAAGAUAUUUCCCGUUUGCGCCGCGACCUUGAGGCUCGUGGAGGCCCCAGCCAGUCUUCGCACACUGGCCCUUCGCAGCCUCCUCCGCCUUCAAUUGGCCAUGGUCCGGCCAACCUCUUCCAGGGCAUCAUGGCCGGCGCUCAGGGUGGCCCGGGUCUUGCUCCGCCUCCUCAAGACGGCCCACCUCAGGGAGUACCUGCCCAUAUCCAAGGUCCACCUGGAUUGAAUUCUCCUCCAGGCCCUCCUCAACAUGCUCCUUUCGGCGGCUACGGCCAGCCCCCAGCUGGCGUCAAUGGUUAUGGCCCUGCUCCUCCUCAGCCCACAGCUUCUCCCGGCCCUGGCAAGCCCCGAACCAACGCUCGUGGUCCUCCUGGUAUUCCCGGAACCCCUCAGCAGAACAACGCAAACCCUUACCCCGGUUCUCCCGCUAUGGCACGUCCCACUCCUCCUCCCGCUCUUGCGCAACAACAGCAGGCUCUUUCUCUUCCCCAGCACCAGCAAUAUACCCAAGAGCUUGGUGGUAGCGGCAACCAGUUGGUCGACUUGGCUGUUGAAACUCUUCCCAGCAACCUCAAGCGCGAGGGUGAAGACUGGUACGCUGUCUUCAACCCCCGUGUCCGUCGCACCCUGGAUGUUGAGCUCGUCCACAACUUGGCCCACCAGAGUGUAGUUUGCUGUGUUCGUUUCAGCCGCGAUGGAAGAUUCGUUGCUACUGGUUGCAACCGAUCUGCUCAGAUCUUUGACGUCGAGAGUGGCCAGCAGGUCAAGCAUCUGCAGGACACCAGCUUGCCUCAGGACGGUGAUCUUUACAUCAGAAGUGUCUGCUUCAGUCCUGAUGGUCAAUACUUGGCCACUGGUGCCGAAGACAAGAUUAUUCGCAUUUGGGAAAUUGCCGCUGGCCAGAUUCGUCACCAAUUCGCUGGUCACGAGCAAGAUAUUUACUCUCUUGACUACUCUUCUGAUGGUCGUUACAUUGCUUCAGGAUCAGGCGACCGCACCGUUCGUGUUUGGGACAUUCCUAACAACCAGUGUGUUCUUUGCUUGACCAUUGAAGAUGGCGUCACUACCGUCGCCAUUUCACCCGACAACCGUUUCUUGGCCGCUGGCAGUUUGGACAAGAGUGUCAGAGUAUGGGAGUUGGCGAGCGGAAACCUCCUCGAGAGACUUGAAGAGGCUGGUGGCAACCCUGGCCACAAGGACAGCGUUUACUCGGUCGCAUUCUCACCUGGUAGCAGAGAACUUGUCUCUGGCAGUCUGGACCGAACUAUCAGAAUGUGGGAGCUUCAACCCCACUACCCUGGCAAUCAAAACAUGCCACCAAGAAACCCCCGUGGAGGCAAGUGCAUUCGCACUUUCGAGGGUCACAAGGACUUUGUUCUCAGCGUUGCACUCUCGCCCGACGGUGAAUGGGUUUUGUCUGGUUCAAAAGACAGGGGUGUUCAGUUCUGGAACCCUCAAACUGGCGAUGCUCAGCUCAUGCUCCAAGGACACAAGAACUCGGUCAUUUCAGUCGCACCCAGCCCUGUUCCAGGCGGUCUGUUCGCUACUGGAAGCGGAGACAUGCGUGCAAGGAUUUGGAGGUUCGUUCCAUGCUGCUAUAAUUAUAUGGUUCGUGACUAA